ACUCCUGUUAAUCCAUCACUCCAUUUCAUGUCUGAUUCUGCUAGGGCAUACAAUCGUUUUAGCAUUUUCUAUUUUGGCGCCGCUCACGUUUGAUCGGCCUGACUCUCUUUCCGUCGUUUGUUCAGCCCUUUCAGCAUUCCAAUUGAACGUCGCGCGGGUGUCAGACGAACCCGGAUAGUCCGUUGCUGCUCACCGCGGAACACAACACUCGCUCUCCUACAUCUAUAACCCUCGCGUCGUCUUACACCUGUUCUCCUUCUAUUCAAUCAUCAUUGGCACAGGUUGCAAUCAUGAAUGUCAACAAGAAACUCGAUCGUUUCAAGCAAUGGGCGGGAGAGCGCAUGGGAGGAGAGGUGAAGACCAGCGUCUCGGACGAUUUCAAGGCCCUGGAGGUGGAAAUGGGUCUACGACAAGAAGGCCUGGAUAAGAUGCAAAAGUCUAUGAACGCGUACGUCAAAGCGAUAUCAAAGAGGUCUGAAGUCGAGGACAAGGAGAAAACACUGCCGAUCGCUUAUAUGGGAGGAACCAUGAUAUCGCAUGGCGAAGACUUUGAGCCCGACUCUGAAUUCGGUCAAUGCCUUACCACGUUCGGCCGAACACAAGAAAGGCUGGCUCGCGCCCAGGAAGUAUAUAUCGCGAGUGCCACUUCCUCGUGGCUUGAGUCCCUGGAGAGGUCAUCGGCCCAGAUGAAAGAGUUCCAGGCCGCGCGCAAGCGACUCGAUUCACGGCGACUGGCUUACGACACAUCACUCGCCAAAAUGCAGAAAGCAAAAAAAGAAGAUUUCCGGGUCGAAGAGGAAUUGCGCAACCAAAAGGUGAAAUAUGAGGAGUCAGCCGACGACGUUCAACGCAGAAUGGAAGACAUCCGUGACGCGGAUCCCGAAAUGGUAGCGGAUCUUGGUACUUUCCUUGACGCCGAACUGGCAUAUCACGACAAGUGCAGAGAGGCUUUGCUCCAGCUCAAGAGCGAAUGGCCUGCAAGGUCACAACCUCAAUACCGGGGUUCUCGACCAAACCCACGAUCCAGGUCCAAUACAGUCAGAUCAUAUGCUGAGCCGGUCGAGGAGCCAUCUCCGAUUGUCGAAGUUCGUCCUUCUAUCAGAUCCGGUCGGGCACAGUCGGCCAGAUUCGGAGACCAGAUGCAUGAAUAUUCUCCAGGGGUCUCGCCACGGCCAAAUUUUGCCAGAUCGACCACAUAUGACCCUGUGAAUAGGGACAUGUCUCCGGCCAACAUGGGCCGCAUGGCGCGUGUGCCGAGUGAUUCACUCAUGAUACGCACCGCACGCUCGCAACUUCGUAACGUUGAGGAACAGGAUGUCUUUGCCGAUGAUUCAGGGUCGUACACUAACAGCAGCCCUGAUCAUGGCUACGGAGACCUAGCUACAUCACCUGCAACAUCUCAUGGAAGUGGGACGCUUACGCCUGUGACAAGUAGAAAGAGCAGCGCACCACCACCACCUCCGCCAUCUCGUGCAAAGAAGCCACCUCCACCCCCUGUGCCCGCCAAACGAAGCGUUUUGACAUAGAUAUACGAAUGAAUACAAGAUAUCCCAUUUCAUGCCAGGGGUUGGAAAUCCUCCUGGCUAUGGUCCGGUGGUCAGGCGUUCGAGCGGGAGGCGGUCAAUUUGCUAGGAUCGAGCAUGACUUUUGGGCAGAAAUGACACGGUGUUGAGCCUCAAUUGGACUCUGGUUGUAUAAGGACAUUGAACAUAUCAUGAAACCCUCAGUUGCACAGCUUUCUCUGCAUAGGCUGCUUUCACCUAUUAGUGCUAGCAUUAUGGUUAUUGGGGAGAGCAAUGGACAAGCCGCCCUCGUCGCGUACACAGUACAUAUCACGUGAGAGACUAGUGGUCUUGGCAGCUCUAGCUUGAUUUCACUCGUAAGCCGCUCGUCGAAGUUUGC